UGCUAGUUCGUACUGUACCGUGUACACCGAGGGGCUAGUGCCACUUACACAAUACAAUCCCUUGGAACCCAUCCUGGAUCUUAAGGAUCCGUUCUCUCCCUCAAACUCUCUCCAGAUUUCGGACCACUUUCACACUCAUCCACCGAAAGAGAAUCGCAAAUUCAAACACUUCUACGGGCCAGGUCCAUAGAGUUUCCCAGCUACCUCUUGUCAACAAAAAGCCUUCUCCAACAAACCGACUUGACGCUCACUCACCAGACCAUAUCCAUACAACCCCAACAUACGGAUAUAGCGUCGACGACCUAACGAAGCAAACAACAUGCCUUCUCUCAAGUCCGCCUAUACAAUCACCGAACCGCACCCCACCGUGCCCCAAAACACAUACACCCACUCCGGCCGCGGCGGCCUAGGCAACUUCUUCCGCGCGCCAGCCACCACCCCGUCCUCGGGUGUUCCGACGCCCGCCACCUCAUCCACAACAAGCAGCAACAGCAGCAGCAGCACCCGCCGCUUCUACUCGGGCCGCGGCGGCGCCGGCAACGCCCACGCCGCGGUUGAGCGGCCCGUGCUGUCCUUCGACGAAGAGUUCCAGCGCGCCGAGGUGCGCGAGAAGACGGCGACGAUCAGCCACGUCGGCCGCGGCGGGGCGGGCAACAUCUUCAGCGCCUUUUCCCCGUCCUCCUCCAAGGGCGGCAGCGGCGACGACGGCGAGUCGCUAGCCCGCCACGAGUCCGGGAGCUCGGACAGCAGCACGCGGUCGGUUGCUGACCGGCUAUGGGGGCGGAUCACCAGCGUGGGACACCAUUAGCCGGCGGUUGUGACAACGGAUUCUUUGACGGCCCUUCGAGAGGGAUAGCUUUUUUUCAGUCGGGCGACCUUUCCUUUUAUGUUGGCGAUUCUUGUUUUUCUCCUCUCUCGGCAUGAUGUUGGCCUCUCUCAAGCAUGGCGUUUCCAGGGUUGUAUCACGGGUUUUUCCAGGCGCCGGUUUUGUUCGAGCCGAGCAAUGAGUCAAUGAAAUGGGGCCAACAAAA